AGCACCGUGAGCAGAAUCUCCAGGCGGCAUGUAGUGAAUCCAUAGUUCGGCCACAGUUCCUAAUGUGGUCAAAGGAGCGGAAUGUGUUCUUCGAUUCGGAACAUUGUUGCGCGCUGAGCGCGUGUCGAUCUCGGACCACCUCCAGAGUACAACCCCCGGCUACGGCCGCUGGGUUCUCCUACAAUAUGCCUUGGAGAGGUUCGCCUCUGUGGAAGUAGCCUGCAUUUUUAUUACAUAAAAGGGGGGAACGUAGCCUAGCUUCCC